AGCUAUUGGCCCACGGCUGCGCUUGCGAAGCCAAGCGGUGGGUUUCCACUUGCGGCAUCGAUUCCUGGCUCUCACAGCGAGCCGCCUUUGACUCCUGUAACCUCGCAGAGCCAAAAUACCUGCAGUCAUGCGCUGUGCAGCUCUGCUGGCGCUGUGCUCCGCAGCGCAGGCCUGGAGCAUCAAGGAAAGAGGCGCCGGCAUUGAUAGCGUGGAGACAACCUUCCAGACGCGCCUGAAAGGCGGCGGCAAGGGCGUCACGCUGACGUAUGUCCUCGCGGCGUGCGGCGACGAGGUCGGCGAGCUGGAAGAGGACGUGCGCGAGGACGAGGGCGCCAAGUACCUCGACGCCACGGAGCUGCACGCCGCGGCCUUCGGCGGGCGCGCGGACUGCUGCGAGAAGCUGGUGGCGCGCGGCGACGCCGUCGAUGUCAAAUUAAACACGACGAACUGGACUCCGAUGCACGUGGCCGCGCAGGGGGGCAACGCCGCCGUCGUCGAGUACCUGCUCGGCCAGGGCGCGGACCCGAACGCCGCGGGCGUCGACCCCACGCCCGACCGGCCGCCGAACCAGGUCGGCCCGGCCCCGGACGGCUUCACGGCCCUGCACGCGGCCGUGCGGGCCGGGAGCUGUGUGGAAAUCAACCAGUGUGUCGGGUCUUCACUAAGUCAUUUCUCGGCGACGACGUGGCCGCGCUGGCUCCGUCGAGCGGUGAGGAACCGACAUCGCCACGCCAUCGAGCAGGCGUCGCGUCGAUGGCGUGGAGGACGACGCGAUAAUUCAGCACGAACGCGCCGUAAAAUUUGAUUAUCACACAGGCCGGGAGCCUCGCGACGGUCCGGCUGCUCCUGGACGCCGGCGCGGACUUGGAGGCCGAGUCCGACGAAAAGUCGCCCCUCUUCGUCGCGGUGCGCCAGAAGCGCUGCGACAUCGCCGCGGCGCUGCUCGAGAAGGGCGCCGACGCGGGCCACUGCGUCGCGAGCGCCGGGCUGUGCCCGAUCCACGCGGCGACGUCGCCGGACCGGCUUGCGUGCCUGACCGCGCUCCUCGCGCACGGCGCCGACCCGAACGCCUUCGACGCGUACGGCACGACGCCGCUCCGCGUCGCGGCGAUCAAGGGCGACGAGAUGGGCAUCAUCAACAAGGACAUCAUCGAGGCCCUCAUCAAGGCCGGAGCCAAUGCGAAGAUGGAUGAGCAGUACACGCAGUGGCUCAAGGACCACCCGGAGGCCCAGAGCCCCGCGCCGCCGGAGAUGGCCGGGGACUCGGAGGAGCUUUGAUUGGGCCGCACCUGUGUAAUAAGUGACUUGUGCUAGCCUGAGAAUACGGAAAA